GGAUACCAAAGAAUGGUGAAAAGUUUAGGGUGAAAAGUUUAAGCUAGACUACAUUUCCCGGCAGCCCCCGCGAGCAAGGCAGUCCUGGGCAUGCGCACUAACCUGAGCCUGCUGGCCUGAGAGAGAGGGAAAGCACGGGACCCGGGAGUACAGACACAGAGAGAGAGAGGCUGCAUCCUACCGAACCGUGCUCCGACAUCCAGCACCCUGGACCUGCCCAGUGCCAUGAUCAGGAAGGAGCUCUCCAGAUCCUACCAGGAGGUGCUGCUUUAUCACUUUACUGCAUUCCAUGGGACAGUUACAGAGAGUUCUCAGUGUUGGGAAGAGGGGAGCUCACUGCAUUAUUUACUGGAUGGGUGGGAUAUGGGGGGUCAGCAGGGGGUCAGCAGGGGGUCACAUGGGAUGGAUUAGAGUUGUGUGAUGGUUGAUGCACAGAGAUAAUAGAAAACUGUCCUCCAAGUGACAUUUGGGCUCUGUGUAAAGUGAGUGCAGAUUAAUUUCAUGGAGUGACACUCAAUGCAGUGAGUGACAGAUCACAGAGGAUCCAUGCCUGUAUAGACCUUUUAUUCUGCAGUGACUGUCUAAGGUUGGCUAUAGGUACAUGGGCUGUUACUGUGCAGCAAACAAUGUGUUGGUAUGCUGUAUGGAAUAAAGUGUGUAUCAGAUUAAAUUAUGCACAGUGCAACAAUUAACUAAUCUGUCAGUAAUUUUCACACCGCAGCCCUGUGUCCUAGCUGCUCUGAACAAAACAUAGGCAAUUAGUGACACAGAAUUGGUAAUAUACUGCUCUACUUGUUGAUGGUACUGUACUGGAUUAGUCGCAAGUGUGAAUUUUGUUACCUUUGUACUUUUCGGUGGUUUUCAUGAGCAAGUUCAGAUUUUGUCGCUUCGGUUGAUAUGUUGGUUUACGGACAUUAUCAGGGAUAUUCACUAAGGUGAGAACUCAAAGUGAAUUUCAAAUUCGAGAUAUAAAUAUCCAAACUGGAAACAUUCUUGAACUCUGCUAAUAUUCCUGUUUGGAUAUGGUGGCCUUAAAUUUGAAAUUCACUUUUAUUUUCACUUAUUUAUUUAUAAAAUAUUUUACCAGGAAGGUUACAUUGAGAGUUCUCUUGUUUUCGAGUACGGCAUGUCCUGAUAACUCUGAUACUGUUUUUACGUAUACAGACAGCAAAUCUGAACUUGGAAAUUUUUUUGCUUCAAUUAGAAUCUAACCCCAUGUAAGGAAUGUAAAUAUUGCUACACCUAUGAAGAAUUGAUAUAUAGCCACCCUUACCAGGCAAUAUACAUGGGAUGCUAUAUAGAUACACUUCCUGGGCGAUAUUCAUGGAUUUAAUGUCCCUGCAGGAUUGCGGAACUAAGGAAUGUGUUUAUGAUUGGAUCAGAUUGUUUAUAAAGACAGUAAAAGUCCAUUUAAUAACAUGACGGGUAGGAUAACUCCUUGCAUGUCACCUCUUAGUCAAGGACAUUAAAGAUGAUCAGCUCAUGAAAAUAUUACAGCAAGUAAAGAGUUAAAAAGUGUUUUUGUUACAAAAUAUAAGUGCUGGGAGUUGCAUAGUGUCCAAGAUGGUUUUAAAUGUAAUAAGAAGUCAGCAUUUGUUUCCUAAGUUUAGUAUACUCAUUGUACUAAAGCCAACAAGUUUUAUUUUGAAGUGCCUUUUAUUUGAAAUUGUAUUGCAGUUCUUUGUAGGUAUUUAUUCAAAAAAUUAUUUUCUUGGGUGGACUUGGUUGAGGUUCUUCACAUGAUGUUUAGCCAGCCUGUAAACAAAUGUAAUUCACAAACAUCUGCAGUGUGAGGAUGCUAUCUCUGCUUUACAGCUGCCCAGCUUGAUCCCCUGUUUGAGGAUUUCCUGUCCUUAAAGGACCACUAUAGUGCCAGAAAAACAUACUCGUUUUCCUGGCACUAUAGUGCCCUGAGGGUGCCCCCACCCUCAGGGUCCCCCUCCCGCCGGGGUCUGGGGAGAGGAGAGGGUUAAAACUUAUCUUUUUUUCCAGCGCCGGGCGGGGAGCUCUCCACCUCCGAUCCUCCUCCUCUCCUCUCUUUCGGCUGAAUGCGCACGCGCGGCAAGAGCUGCGCGCGCAUUCAGCCGGUCUCAUAGGAAAGCAUUUACAAUGCUUUCCAUGGACGCUUGCGUGUUCUCACUGUGAUUUUCACAGUGAGAAGCACGCAAGCGCCUCUAGCGGCUGUCAAUGAGACAGCCACUAGAGGAUUUGGAGGCUGGAUUAACCCUAUUAUAAACAUAGCAGUUUCUCUGAAACUGCUAUGUUUAUAAAAAAAAUGGAUUAACCCUAGCUGGACCUGGCACCCAGACCACUUCAUUAAGCUGAGUGGUCUGGGUGCCUAGAGUGGUCCUUUAAAAAUGCUUUUUCAAUGGGGCCUACCUUGACUUGACUUGAAUGAACGUUUGAGUCCAGUGCUCUGAGCACGGCACACUAUAAAUGGCAACUUUAAACAGCCUAGAAUAGCCCACAAGCGAUAUCUUGAGUAUAGGGGACAUAUAGUCACCCUACUAUAAAGCCCUCUCAGAGGAGGAAUUCUAAAAAAGAGGCCUCAGUGGGGACCCUCUUCUCUCAGGGAAGCAGAAACCAAAAACUUAGCCAAGAUGGCGGCCCUAAGAGCCCACUCAGUCAAUCAGAGGAGCAGGAGGAUACUGAAAUACGCUACCAAGGCUAAAGCAAAAAUUGAAGAAAACCAAUUUAUGCGCAAACUGACAUCCACAAUACACAAAGCCCUUACUGCGUUUCACAAGACGUGGGCACUAUGGCAGGACUACAGAGACACUAUAACAAUAAAGCAGAGAACUUAGUCAGGGUUUUACCUCGCGGUGGCGCCCCUUCACUUUCCCCUCCCCUUUCUACAUUUAUAAUUUUUUAAAAUCCAUUUUGUUAUUGCGAUUUACACCGUUGAAUAAAACUGCCCAUAGGAAACCAUAAUCAGCAGCUGAAAAUGUUGACAGAACAAGCUAUUUGAGUGUCCCAGGGGAGACAGAUAUCUUUGAGGGAUCCAGGCUUGUUAAGUGUGCGUCUUUAGCUCCAUUAGAUGCCAUAAGACCCAAAUUGCUCAUACUGGCUUCCAGAUCUUGAAGGUUCCGUGCCUGGUGAAUUUAUCCUUGAUAUGUGAACAGGAGCAUAUUGUAUACAAUACAAGACUUUAGUUUACAGUAACUCAUAAGCACAUGUAUGUAGAAGCUUAAGGUUGUCAUUGUAACCUGUUGGAAUGUUGUGUGGCAUUUUUUAUUUUUGAGCAAAAACGAAACCUUUUUAUUUCAAAUUUGUAAACAACAAUAAAAAAACAAACAAAAGGCAAUAAACGAAAAAAUAAAAUACAAUAAAAUACAUAAUAAUGAACUGCCAUAAGAAAUGGUUGAUUUAUUUUGUCACAAUUAUUGCUGCUAGUUCUUGUUCGCUGAUUAAUGGUUUAUAUAGUCAAUGAAACGUGUUAAACGAAAGCAGUCCAUUUUAUUUAUUUAUUUUAUUUUUUUGUGCAUAGAAGUAUACACAUUAUGGCCGUGCAUAACAUUUGAAUACCGGCACAAAAUGUCAAGAGGAACUGCCCAUUUUUUCUUUUAGAGAAGAUAUGAAUGAGCAUCAAACACAUUUUUCUCAUGCAAAAUAAAGAAAGAAUAAUUUUUUUUAAAUGUAGUUUCCCUUGUAAUUGUACAAGCUCAGCUCAUUUGUUAUUGAGUAACUAUAGUCCACAUUACUUGAGUGUCGAAGAGAUCACCAGCCUCUAAAAUGUUUAAACCAGACACUCCCUUACUUUUCAAGACUAACUUUUUUGUUUUGAUAAAAGAUCCACCUUGGUUUGCUUGUUUCAUUUUCCACUGGAAUCGUGAUUGUUUGACCACAUGCUUGGUGAUAUGUGGAAUAAAUGUGUGUGUGCUUUGUUUCUGAAUCAUUACUCAAAAUAUAAAGAUUAGCUGUAUAAACAGGGAUACACACAGGAGUUUAUUAUAAAAACCUGUCUUCAGCAUUAUUUUGAUAGCUAACUACAUCGGAGAAAUGUGGGUAAUUAAAUGAACAGUCUAAGCACCACAACCACUUCAUGUUGUUGUAGUGAUUAUGGUGCUAAUAAGCUGUAGGUGCAAUCCACUGGUACUAGUAACCUCCAAAAUAUGGCUGAAAUAGAUAACUUUCACAAUGCAUUGUGGUGGCCUGUCAUUGCCUUGUGCUGCCUCAUUUUUGGCGUAAGGUCUCAAACAAUUCAACCAAAAUCUGGGGAACGGCAACCAUAGUCUACUAGCACCAUAACCACUGCAAUGGCAUGCAGUGUUUAUAGUACUUAGACUGCCCUUAAAACAGAUUUAUUUAGGUUAUUACAUUUAUAUUCUUGAUUUAUAUUAUUUUAUAUCAUAAUUUGAGCACACAGUUAAUUUGACAAAAAUAAAAUGAUAUUGUGUUUGGCACUUCUGUGCCACUUGGGUUAAAAUGCUCAAAACAAGACUUUUCGUUUAGAGGAUAUCCUGUCAUCAUUUUAACAUCACAGUGCAAGGGCUGAGAACUGAAGCUGUUUGCAAAGUGCUUCUAUUAAAGAGACAUCAUAGUACUUUGAUGUUAAAAAAAAAAGAGAGACAGACGGAUAUAGCUACAAUGAAAAGGUACAAGUUCAGACUUGAAGGACUAGCACAAGGAAGAGAUGUGUAGGAUUACAAAUACACAUAACAUUGUCACAAAGAUGGAAACCUUCAGAAAUGUAACAACCAUUUUCAUUGUAAGAAACAGCCAGACAGAAAAUUUUCUUUCUGAUUUAGCGCCCUUAGCUUUAAACUAACAAUAUAGAAAACACAAUCGCAACUUACCGUAAAAAUAAGUGGAUGAGACAAUGAAAAUAUGGGUUUCCUGUUUCCCUUAGUAAGAAUGUGGACAUUCUUUGACCAAGUGAUAAAGAAUUAAAGGAACACUAUAGGGUCAAACAUGUAUUCCUGACCCUAUAGUAUUAAAACCACCAUCUAGCCCGCCCUGCCCCACCCCCCAUGCCUCCUUAAAUAUAGUAAAAUCUUACUUGUAUUCCAGUCUGCAGCUGCUGCCUCUCCCCUGACCUGCCUGCUGUCUGCUGACAUCAGCUGAAGUGUUGUUCUGAGCCAAUCACGAUGCUUCAGCAUAGGAUUGGGUGAGACUGUCAUCAAGGAGGCAGAUCAGGGGCAGAGCCAGAACAAGUCAAACACAGCCCUGGCCAAUCAGCAUCUUCUCAUAAAGAUGAAUUGAAUCAAUGCAUCUCUAUGAGGAACGUUCAGUGUCUGCACGCAAAGGGUGGAGACACUGAAUGGCAGUGCUGCAAACUGUGCAACAUGGCACCAGGAAGCACAUCCAGCAGCCAUCUGAGGAGUGGCAAGUGGAGUUCUUACUAGGCUGUAAUGUAAACAAUGCAUUUUCCCUGAAGCUAAUGAUUCUACUCACCACAACAAAUAGAAUAAGCUGUAGUUCUGGUGACUAUAGUGUUCCUUUUUUACAUACGAACAUGAUAGAAUUCAUGAAACGGAUUGUUACACAUCUCAUGACAUGCACUAUCAAAAAACCCAGUGCAAAAGUACACUAAAAAAUCACAUUAAAUUGAGAAUGUGCAAAAUAAGUCUUCUCUUGUUGAUUAUCUGAUACAGAUUUUUUUGCAAGUUUUGUCCCUUCCGCCACAGAGCUCAGUAAAACUGAAGCAAUCAUUGAGAUAUAAAAAGCACAAGCUGAGGUACAGUGCAGUUCGUAAGUAUUUGGACAGCUAGAGACUAUGUAUAGAGCAGAUGCAGCACAUGGCAUGCUCUGUGUGCUAUUCUGUUUAUUGUGAAGGAUUGGUGUGUCCUCUGUUCUGUUGGUGACAUAAAAAAACUUAAAAAAAAAAAAAAUACAAUGUGUGCUGGCACUCAAUUACAUCUAGGUGCAGGUAUUCGAGGUUAACCCCAAAGACAACCUCCUAAUCACAAUCAUAAAAAAAUUAUUAUGAAUACCGCACUCUAUAUAGUAAUAAAUAUAUAUAAUACUUGUUGUUAUUGCUGAGAUAAAUUCAUAAUGUUUAUUCUAGAUAAAUUUAUAUAAAGUAUGAUGGUAGUAAUGUUCAUUUCAUCCUGAAUACACCAAUUAUAUACAAGAAAUAUAUACAAUAUAUACAGUAUAUACAGAAUUUUCCAUGUGUGGGAUAAAGUUCAUCUAAUGUGUAUACACUCAGUGAUGAUCCUUAUAAUCGAGAAAAAAUUGAAAAAAAUUAAAAAUUAAAAAAUUUUUAAAAAUCCCCAAUCUAAAUCAGAAAAGGAAAAAAAGGGGAAAAAAAGGGAAAAAAAGAAAAAAGGAAAAACAAUACAUGAGAGUCCUGGAAGUCCAAAAUAUAGUGCACUAUAUAUAGCUGUAUAUGGAUGGAUCUCACCGAUGUAGAAAUAUUUUUCUUGGUGUACACAGUCAAAGUUGUAAUCAGAUGAUGAUCUGAACGAAGGUGAAGGUAAUUUUUGAGUAGAGGACGCAUGACGCAGCGACGUUGGCUGACGUCAGAACGCGGAAGUAGGGGAAUACCUCGGAGUGGAUACGGCUAUGUUUUGCAGCCAACAUCAUGUAUUUAAAUUACACUUUAUCUUGUUUAAUAGAAAUACAGAACACAGGGGCCAUUGAAGGGACAUAGAUGUCCCGAGCGCGCAGCCCGUCCAUUCAAAGAUUGCCUGAGCAUGUCCGUCCGUAUAAAGAUUGAUCUGCUGUUCUGACCACAUACCUACUGGGAGCUGAUGGAGUGACUGCCCGUUUUCUACAUCAAAAAUUACCUUCACCUUCGUUCAGAUCAUCAUCUGAUUACAACUUUGACUGUGUACACCAAGAAAAAUAUUUCUACAUCGGUGAGAUCCAUCCAUAUACAGCUAUAUAUAGUGCACUAUAUUUUGGACUUCCAGGACUCUCAUGUAUUGUUUUUCCUUUUUUCUUUUUUUCCCUUUUUUUCCCCUUUUUUUCCUUUUCUGAUUUAGAUUGGGGAUUUUUAAAAAUUUUUUAAUUUUUAAUUUUUUUCAAUUUUUUCUCGAUUAUAAGGAUCAUCACCGAGUGUAUACACAUUAGAUGAACUUUAUCCCACACAUGGAAAAUUCUGUAUAUACUGUAUAUAUUGUAUAUAUUUCUUGUAUAUAAUUGGUGUACUCAGGAUGAAAUGAACAUUACUACCAUCAUACUUUAUAUAAAUUUAUCUAGAAUAAACAUUAUGAAUUUAUCUCAGCAAUAACAACAAGUAUUACAUAAAAAACUUUACUUUGGCUUUCUCCUCUGUACGAAGGAAACUGGCUAGCUUGUAGCUUAUCACUUUAUUUACAUAGCAUUUAAUUAAAUUCCUGGCUUGUUUACACUGUCAGGGUUAUUUAUGAAAGUGAGAAUUGUCGAUAAUUCAGUGAAUUCAAAGUGUAUGUAAAAUUUAAGGCCAAAUUCAAAACAUAACGGAUUGGGAGUAUUUUUCCAGUUUUGGCUAAUUUUAUUUUUUGUGCUUGUAGUGAGUGGGAAAAAAAGAUUCAGGCAUAACAUAAACUUAGACAAUGCUUCAAGUUUGUUCAUACAUAGGAAACAACAGUAUGGCAGGUCCAAGCAAGUAACAGUUAAAGCACAUUUCUACUUUAUAGAGAACAAGUGUGGUUACAGACCCGGGAUGAGCUAGGGUUGGGCUGUGUGAAAGGGGAUUAACCCUGUUUGCUAUGUUCCGGAAUACUCCAGGCUGGGUGGUAUCCGGCUAGUCUAGGUGUUCCAGCAAGACAGGGGUGUUAUGUGAAGUUAGGCUAAGUGUGAGGUUUGAUGAAUCGUGUGCGAGAUCAGGAUGCCAAUGUACAUAGUAUUGCCAGGCUAUGGUGUCAGUCGGUUGUGAGUUGGUGGCUUGAGUGUGUGUAAAGGCCCCCUAUGGGAGAGAUAUGUUUGGCGUCCGUGUUGGUUGCCCCUAACCUUGGGGGGCAGUGGGGGGGAGGGGAGGCAGUCACCACCACGCUUAGGGUAGUGAAUUGAGAGUUGUCCUGUCAGGUUAGCAUUUAGCAGCAUAGUGCAGUAACAGUUCCAGCUUAUAGUUCUGUCUAUGGCCAUCGCCCUACGUGGGAACUAGAGUAAGGCUGUAAAUCUUGGAUAAAUGCUUAUCAACAGAAGGAAAAGGAGACAAGGAACUUAAAAGAAAUGAAAACAUUUGUGAAUGUAGGCCUGUAUGAGUGGCCAUAUGUGGACUGUAUUGUUCCCAAUCUGGUUCAGGUCACUGGUUCAUCUGAGCGGCGUUUCCUCUGAGUCGCAGGGGUAAUGUCGUCAGUUUUGGCAAUUUCUGACUUAAAUUAUGUUUGAAUUUCAAACAAAUCUCACCUUAGUAAAUACCCCUGUAUGCUUUUUAUUUUUUUUAUUUUUUUACACAUUGGCUCCCAACUCCCUCAGGGUUAAUCUCGGAAUGCCCCUGAUCUGGAUUAGCAAAAUUAAUCUGAGGGUAUUCAAACAGCAAGAUUACACUAUUUAUCAAUAUCUUCAUUCAAAACACUGGGGGGGAGGGGCGGGGGUGACAUUCUAAAAGUAAAGCCGUCGCCGUGGAAACUAUAGAAUGUUCCUGCAGGUGUAAUCGCUUGUACCUUCAGAUUGGCAAUGCACAGUUUUGAUUGACAGGGAGUAAUGGGUAUUAUUAUAGACCCAGCAAUAGAUACAUGGAGAAAUUUUGACACUCCUACCUAAAAUAAUAAUAUACUUUCCAAUAUUUUAAUGUGGAUAAAUGCGUUUAUUGCGCAAUAAAUAUGCGCAUGUUCCCUGGAUCAACCAUGGUGAGAAAGGACUAUUUAACCCUUUACGUGACCAGCUGAUGAAGUGACAUACAAUGAUCUCUUUCAUAUUUUAUCCAGGCACCUGAUUCAUACCAUCUUCUGUGCCAAGCAGCUAUGGUAAACCUUGUCCAUGGAGGUUACAGCUACAUUUUCCACGAUGCUAAGCUAACCUCGCUGUGAAGUGGGCUCACAAACAUCUGCAUUGCAAGCUUAGCCAUCAUCUUUAGUUUUUAAAUGAUGUGCACAUUUUUGCAGAAACCUUUUUAUUUUUCUUCCACUACCUCUCUCCAUUUCGCUGGCACAGAGUUUGCCACCCAGCGUGAAAUUAUUUUUAAGAAGCCACUUGCCAGCUAUGUCAACACAAUUAAGACUCCAUGUGAUGAUGGCUGUUUUAAUCUGCCAACACCAAUCUUUCCUUUUUAAGGAUGUGUAUUUGUUCAGACUCAGUCGCUCAGUCGCCUGUUAAGCAGUUUGUUAUUUCUUUCCUAUGAAAUGAAACCUGUUUCUUUAUCAUUCUUUCCAAUGCUAUCUUAAUGGUUUGUUUAAACUGUUUCCCUUGAGAGAUAAAAUAAUUCCUUUGGUGCAAUGUGAAAUGAAAGGGAAUUAUAAAGUUUGUCUUUCCUUAUUUAACCCCUUAAGGACACAUGACAUGUGUGACAUGUCAUGAUUCCAUUUUAUUCCAGACGUUUGGUCCUUAAGGGGUUAAUCUGUAGUACUGUGGAUUCAGUAUUGGUGGCUGUCCAUAGGACUACCACUCUCAUAAUGCCCUACAUAACCUGGGCAUUAUUUCUCACAGCUGACUCUACGCUGCCCCCUUGAGGGAGCAGUUUGCUGCAUUUCUCAAAAUGUGUCUCAACAGGAAAUCGUAAAACCUAAAAAUCGGAAAACACCUAAUUAAAGGGACAUACACCGGGGAGAUGAAACAUUAAAGUUGUGCAAUAGAAUUUACUGUUUGUGUAUUUCCUAGCCAUUCCUAGGUAUCUGAUCUUCCCCUGGUGUUUUCCUUCUAAAUUAGUCACUGGUCCUUUAAUAGAAGCAGAAUUGAAGCUAUGAAAUAGUGACAAGGGAACAUGUAGAGUUCUAAAAAUAUAUAUAUUUUUUGUGGUUUAUAUUGUAUAUUUACUGUAAUAUAAGGCUGUUUUGUUAAAAGUCUUUAAUUACUCUUUAAUCUGUUCAUGAACAUGUUACUUGCUGUCAUUGCAGUCUGGUCCCUGUAUACCUCAUACCAAUUUAGCAGAGUGUCCUUUAAGUAGGAUGGACACAGAUACCUGAUUAUUAUUAUUAUCGCCAUUUAUAUAGCGCCAACAGAUUCCGUAGCGCUAUACAAUAUUAUAAGAGGGUGGAUUUAACUAUAAAUAGGAGACUUACUAAAAGAAAACUUACAGGAAUGACAGAUUAAAGAGGACCCUGCUCAAAAGAGCUUACACUCUAUAUGAGGUGGGGUGUAAAACACAAUAGGACAGGAUGAUGGAAGACUAAAAUAAACUGGAUUAUGUAAUAAAAAGAGUAUUUUUUAAAUGUCCAGUGGGUGGCAAAAUCACUGUAUGUUUGAGACAGGCUUGCUCUAAUCCACCUCCGGGCUGCACAUAAAAUCAUUUUGGUAUGGAAGUAGUAAUUAUCGCAAGCCUUUAUUAGGAACUGCUGCCAUUGCAGAAAUGGAAGUGGUUAAGAACAAGAACUUGCUGUUGCCAUGGCACACGUGCGUGAGGGUCUUGGCAUGAAAUGCCCAUAAUUAUAACCCAGAGGCAUUUGGGAGAAGGAGUCGUAGAAACCCUUAUUUCUGUGCCUCUCUCUAUAACAAUUCAGCUAGGCAGAACAAAUUGUACUGAAAUUUUAAAUGAUAAUAAUCCUGUUAGUGUUCCAUACUUUUUUGUUAAAAGGGCACUGCACUAUACCUUAGGUUACAGUUGUGUUUUGCUGGUUGUUUCAUUCUCGAUCUUCUAAGAUUAUUGACAAAAUAUCAGCUCUUGUUUUAGGGCAACAAUUCAUUCAGUUCAGAAUUAUUGUGGCAGGUGAUUUUAUUCCAUUCUCUCUCUCUCUAUAUAUAUAUAUUGAUCAGCCACAACAUUAAACCCACAUGCCUAAUAACGUGUAGGUCUCUGUUGUGCUGCAAGAACAGCUCUGAUACGUCGAAGCAUGGACUCCACAAGACCUCUGUACGUGUCCUGUGGUAUCUUGCACCAAGACAUUAGAAGAUAAUCCUUUAAACCCUGCAAUUUGCAAUGUGGGACCACCAUGGAUUGGAUAUGUUGUUCCAGCACAGCCCACAGAUGCUCAAUCAGAUUUAGAUCUGGGGAAUUUGGAGGCCAAGGCAACACCCUGAACUCUUUGUUAUGUUCCUCAAACCAUUCCUGAACAUUUGUUUCAGUGUGGCAGGGUGCAUUAUCCUUCCGAAAGAGGCCACUGCCAUCAGGGAACACCAUUGUCAUGAAGGGGUGAACAUGGUCUGCAACGGUCACUAGGUAGUUGGUGUCAAAGUAACAUUCACAUGAAUGCAAGGUUUCCCAGCAGAACAUUGUCUAGAGCAGGGGUAGUCAACCUUUGGAAUUUUAGGUGGGUGGUUGUGGGUUCUGCAGAAAACGCCCGUUGGGCCUAGAUGGCUGUGGGCCAAGACCGGCAGGGGAGCUCCUUUCAUUUCCCUCACCGGCCCGCUGGCACUUAGUUCCAGCAGAGGGAAAGAAGGGGCUGGAAGGCUCCAUGUUCCUCCACGAGCAGGCUGGUCGGAGCGUUGCCAUGGAAAUGCUCCGAUACAGUGCUGUGCUUGCAGGAGGACAGGAGAGAACACACACUGCCCCCCUCACACACACACAGCACCCUCACCCGCAUACAGUGCCCCUCACCUGCAUACUGCACCCCUCACCCGCAUACAGCAACCCUCACCCACAUACAGCAUCCCUCACACACACAGCACCCUCACCCACAUACAGCAUCCCUCACACACACAUCACCCUCACCCACAUACAGCACCCCCCACACACUGCACCCUUCACACACAGAGUGCCCCUUACACAAACACACUACACCAUUCACACACACACACAGCACCUCACAGACACACAUAGAAAAAAAGUAUAAUAGAAAAAAAUGCAGCAAACUGUGAUGCACUGUGGGUUCUGACACCUUUCUAUCACGGCACACAUAACAGCAAAUUGGGCUACAGUAGCUCUUCUGUAUGAUUGGACCAGACGGGAUAAUCUUCACUCCCAGCAUGCAUCAUUGAGCCUUGAGCGUCCAUGAACCUGACGCUGGUUGUCCUUCCUUACACCACUAUUAGUAGGUACUACCACUGCAUACCAUGAACACCCAACAAGACUUAUUGUCAUCUAGCCAUUAUUAUUUUGUCCUUGUCAAAGUACAAUUAGAUCUUUUUGCUUGCCCAUUUUUGCUGCUUCCAACACAUGAAAUUUAAGAACUGACUGUUUAUUUGCUGCCUAAUAUAUCCCACCCUUGGCAGGUGCCAUCGUAACGAUAUAAUAAAUGUUAUUCUAUUUACCUGUCUGGAGUUUUAAUGUUGUAAUGGAUCAGUGUAUAUUGUGCAAUCUGACAGCUUGAUGAUGUUUGUGUCUAUAAGCACAUCAAAAGUCAUUUCAGAAUUGGCUGUUUUUCGGCCAGAUGUUCAUUCAGUUGUAGUCAUCUGUUUAUAUGGGUAAAGAAGAAAACUGCAUUCAGAAAUCGUAGAGUUGUGGAAGUUGUGAAGCUAAAGGUGAAAAUGUCUCAUCGUUAAAUUGUUGCUGUGGCGAUUUCUAAUUACUUGCAGCUGCACCUCCUCAUAUACUGCCAGUAGUUUUUAUGAUGAUGGUGGACGUAUUUAAAAUGACACCCGUCCUCUGUGUCUCCUGGAACCUGUUUUAUUAUUGUAGUUUUGAAUGUUUGAAAACCAGUGUUUGUGGGUAAUGAACAACUUUUCACACUGAAGCUAACGAUGCUCAGUUGAUAUUAAAAUAUUCUUAGUGCCUUUGAUAGAAAUAAAUUCUUCUGGAGAUCCAGCAGGGUGUAUUAUUUAUCUUUAUCUAUUUUUUCUGUUCCUUUGUUGACUUUACUGUUUUUCCUAAAUCUUUAUUUGUUUUGCGUUCCACAGCUGCUACAAUAUUACUUUGUGUUCCUUUAACUAAACCUCCUAAAUAUUGUAAACUGGAAGCAAUGUUGUAAUUAGUAAGUUGUCCAGUUUACUGCACUUAGUGCUUUAACUGCUUCAGAAGUGCACAUGCCUCAAUGUAUAUUGUAGUAUAAUAACACUAAACAUCUUAUGAAGAAGUAGAAAGGAAUUAGACAAUAAAACAUGACUCCAAACAGUCAAAUUUAAUAUAAAACAAAAAUUAGAGAAGCAUUUAAACACAAGGCAGCAGCAUUUAUAUACAAUGUUUUCUACAGUUAAGUGAAGAAACAGAUGCAGGUCUGGGAGAGCCAGCUAUAACGGAGGAUAUGGACGAAGAGGACGUGGACCAGGAGGAUGCAGAAUCAUCUGUCCUGCCAGGUAUGCUCCCACCAGGAUUUUCCUGGACCCCAGGUCCUGUAGUUUACCUUUAUCCCAAUAGCCUAUGGCCAAAGAAAACAUAGACGCACUUACUGGUCUUUAACAUGGAAACAAGUGUAUUCAAAUGUGGUUCACAAUAACUUAACGAGAUCAAUGUUUCUGCCCCUUAUUUGGUCAACUUCUGCUUCAAUGAUAUCUAAAGAGAAGACUAGACUGCAGCACCCAAAUAAGUGUCAAACUGUGCUAAAGGUUUGACUACUUACCAGCUUAUGUCAUGAUUACUUACCAUGGACUCCAGGCACCAUAAUCACUACAGUGCCCUGUAAUGGUUAUGUGUCACAGCACAGUAUACCUCAGCACACAGUACUUGAACCCACACAUAUAAAAGAAUAAAGGUGUAUUAUGAGAGAAUAGUCAAAGACAGGCCACAGUUGAGAGAUACCAGAAUUCAGAAAGAUCGGGAGACAUGCUGGGUCAGGGUUACAGAGACCAGGAGAGUCAGGCCUAAGUCAUGUCAAAAAGCAGAAUAAUUCACUACUAAAAGGAAUAUGAUAUUGGAAAUACCAGGGAGCCACAAUGGGGCAAUGAGCUCCAGGGAUAGAGGAGUAUCUGAACUAUAAGAGAACACAGGAGUAGAGUAAGACAAGUGUAAAUUUUGAUGCUAGAAUUACGCAGAUAUGGAAAAGUGCGGCAGCAUGUCACAGGUUACCUUACAUUAUGGUUCUGAGAAUGCCCUUCUAAGGUGGGGUUAGACUACAAGUUUGGAGUAGGGGGAUUAAAUGCCAAACAUUUUCCUAAAGUCAAAAAAAAAAAUCCAUAUUGCGAUUGCAGUAAAUGUGAUAAGUCUACAAUGUGUACUUUACUCAUUUGUCAGCUUAUCAUGCUCGCUAUAGUGCAGAAUUAACUUAAAGGAUCACUUUAGGGUCAGGAACACAAACAUGUAUUCCUGACCCUAUAGAGUUAAACCAACCAUAUUGGUGGCUUGCCCCCUUACAAAAGUAUAAAACUCACCUUAUUUCCAGCGCCGCGGUUCCGCCCCCUUUGUGACCUCAUCAAAAUGGCCUAUUUUUAGCCAAUCCAAUGCUUUGCCAUAGGACAAAAUUGGCAUGGGGCGGGGCCAAAUGCCAUUUUGGCCAAUCAGGACCUCCUCAUAGAGAUUCAUUAAAUCAAUGCAUCUCUAUGAGGAAAAUUCAGCGUCUCCUGUGCAGGCCUGAGCCAGGAGGCCCCUCCAGUGGCCAUCUAAGGAGUGGCCACUUGGAGAUGUCCCUAGGGGCAAUGUAAACACUGCCUUUUCUCUGAAAAGGCAGUGUUAACAUGAAAAUGCCUGAAGGGAGCUAUUAUACUCACCAGAACAACUACAUUAAUCUGCAGUUGUUCUGGUGACUAUAGUGUCUCUUUAAAAGAGCACUAUAGGGUCAGGAACACAACAAUGUAUUCCUGACCCUAUAGUGCUAAACCCACCAUUUAGCCCCCUUAAAAGCAAUGAAAACUCACUUUAUUUCCAGCGGUGGUCCGCCGGCACUGGCCCCUCCCCCCCAUUGGUGACAUCAUCACAAUUGUCGCUUUUUAGCCAAUCUAGAGAAAGCAUUGAAUUGGCUAAAAUGGGCAAGGGGGUGGGGCCAAACACCAUUUAGGCCAAUCAGCACCUCCUCAUAGAGAUUCAUUAAAUCAAUGCAUCUCUAUGAGGAAAAUUCAGCGUCCCCAUGCAGAGCGUGGAGACUCUGAACGGCAGUGCUGCCUACUGUGCAGCUCUGAGCCAGGAAGCACCUCCAGUGGCCAUCUGAGUGGCUGCCACUUGGAGGUGUCCCUAGGGGCAAUGUAAAUACUGCAUUUACUCUGAAAAGGCAGUGUUUGUAUGAAAAUUCCAGAAGGCAAUGAUUCUACACACCAGAACAAAUACAUAGAAACAUAGAAUGUGACUGCAGAUAAGAACCAUUCGGCCCAUCUAGUCUGCCCAAUUUUCUAAAUACUUUCAUUAGUCCCUAGCCUUAUCUUAUAGUUAGGAUAGCCUUAUGCCUAUCCCACGCAUGUUUAAACUCCUUUACUGUGUUAACCUCUACCACUUCAGCUGGAAGGCUAUUCCAUGCAUCCACUACCCUCUCAGUAAAGUAAUACUUCCUGAUAUUAUUUUUAAACCUUUGUCCCUCUAAUUUAAGACUAUUUCCUCUUGUUGUGGUAGUUUUUCUUCUUUUAAAUAUAGUCUCCUCCUUUACUGUGUUGAUUCCCUUUUAUAUAUUUAAAUGUUUCUAUCAUAUCCCCCCUGUCUCGUCUUUCCUCCAAGCUAUACAUGUUAAGAUCCUUUAACCUUUCCUGGUAAGUUUUAUCCCGCAAUCCAUGAACCAGUUUAGUAGCCCUGCUCUGAACCCUCUCUAAGGUAUCAAUAUCCUUCUGAAGAUACGGUCUCCAGUACUGUGUACAAUACUCCAAGUGAGGUCUCACCAGUGUUCUGUAUAAUGGCAUGAGCACUUCCCUCUUUCUACUGCUAAUACCUCUCCCUAUACAACCAAGCAUUCUGCUAGCAUUUCCUGCUGCUCUAUUACAUUGUCUGCCUACCUUUAAGUCAUCAGAAAUAAUCACCCCUAAAUCCCUUUCCUCAUAUGUUGAGGUUAGGACUCUAUCAAAUAUUCUGUACUCUGCCCUUGGGUUUUUACGUCCAAGAUGCAUUAUCUUGCACUUAUCCACAUUAAAUGUCAGUUGCCACAAUUCUGACCAUUUUUCUAGUUUACCUAAAUCAUUUGUCAUUUGGCUUAUCCCUCCUGGAACAUCAACCCUGUUACAUAUCUUAGUAUCAUCAGCAAAAAGACAUACCUUACCAUCAAGACCUUCUGCAAUAUCACUAAUAAAAAUAUUAAAGAGAAUGGGUCCAAGUACAGAUCCCUGAGGUACCCCACUGGUGACAAGUCCAAGCUUCGAAUAUAUUCCAUUAACUACAACCCUCUGUUGCCUGUCACUCAGCCACUGCCUUACCCAUUCAACAAUAUUGGAAUCCAAACUUAAACAUUGCAGUUUAUUGAUAAGCCUUCUAUGUGCAACAGUGUCAAAAGCCUUACUGAAAUCUAGGUAAGCAAUGUCUACUGUACCACCCUGAUCUAUAAUUUUAGUUACCCAAUCAAAAAAAUCAAUAAGAUUAGUUUGGCAUGAUCUCCCUGAAGUAAACCCAUGUUGUCUCUGAUCUUGAAAUCCAUGUGUUUUUAGAUGUUCAUCAAUCCUAUCCUUUAACAUGGUUUCCAUCACUUUCCCCACUACUGAAGUAAGGCUUACUGGCCUAUAGUUGCCCGACUCCUCCCUAUUACCUUUCUUGUAAAUGGGCACAACAUUCGCUAACUUCCAAUCUUCUGGGACUACUCCUGUUAACAAUGAUUGGUUAAAUAAAUCUGUUAAUGGUUUUGCUAGUACACCACUAAGCUCUUUUAAUAGCUUUGGGUGUAUUCCAUCAGGUCCCAUUGACUUAUUUGUCUUUACUUUUGACAGUUGAAAUAGAACCUCUUCCUCUGUAAACUCACGUGUAAUAAAUGACUCAUUUAUCCUUUUUCUCAACUGAGGUCCCUUUCCUUCAUUUUCUUCUGUAAAUACAGAACAAAAAUAUUCAUUGAGGCAGUCAGCCUGACCUUUAUCCUCUUCUACAUACCUUCCUUCUUUUGUUUUUUUUUUGUUUUUUUUAAAUCUUUAUUUUUCAUGUGGAAAGAUAACAUAUUCAGGAAGUUGGCCACAACAGCCUCGAUACAUCGAUUAGAAUCAGUACAUAUCAAAUACAAGGCAUUGUUGUGUGCUAUUCACACACAUUUUAUAUUUACAAUAGGUCACAUUGUUACAGUGAGGUUUUAAAAUCUAAUAACUGUAGGGGUGGAAGACUUCUGUCUGCCUAAUACACCCUAAGGUCUGUGGAGUCGUAGGUGGGGGGGGGAGAGGCAUUUAUUGCUAGGUCCAGUGGCUGGUCCCUAUUCUAGGUCGUGCGGCUAUAGUUAUGGGUGUUGGGUAAGUCUCUUGACCCUUUUGAGUUUGGGUAAGGAUGCGGAUUGCGGUAGUUAUGGGGUCCCUCUAAUGGUGCCUAUCUAGGACUAUGUCUGCUCCUCUUUUACUUUUCCCUGGUCAUAGCUAUUUGUAGGUGCCCAUGUGUGUGGUGCUCAGGGUGUCUUUGUGGCCCUAGUGGUAACUACAAAUCAUGUCUAUGUAUAUACAUAGGUCGCUGUAGUGUGACCGGAUUAAGUUGUGCCCUUGGGGCAUCAGACCUCACGAUAAGCCUGAUUCCAGUCAGGAUUACUAUGUCGCCUUUGAUGUCGUUUCCCAUUAACCCAAGGGAGGGGGGGGGGGAUCGUUAUCGGAGCUAGUGUGCGCGGCUCUGGUGGGCCGCUUUAGCACUGUUAUAGUCGUCAGAGUGUGAGAGAACUACAUUUAACUUAAAUGAACCAAUUUAUCAACUUAAAAUAUUUAAACUAGUGAAACUAAGGCCUAUGAGGCAGUCGGUGAGGCAGUUCGUUCAGGUUUUGGUUUUCGGUCCUCUGCUUAUUCCAGGAGUUGCGGAUGAAUCUGUGCUCGUUGUCCCUGGUCGUUGAGCCGGCUGUGUCAUAGAGGUCGCUGCGAGGUUCGAUAUUCCCAAUGCGGUCAUCAGUGCCGGGCCCUCUGCGUGGUCGGUAGCUCUGUAGUGCUUGUCAUCUUUAGUGACCCAGAGAGUUCCUGGUGUUGCCCAUCUAUAGGCUAUUCCUGCGGCUUGGAGUUGUUUGGUGAUAGGUUGCAUACUUUUGCGCCACAUCAGUGUGGCCCUGCUCAAGUCCUGAAAGAAGGAGAGUUUGCUGUCUUCAAAGUCAAGAGGUGUUUUCCCUUGCAUAGCCGCCAUUAGCCCCAGUUUGUCCAUCAUUGAUUGGCAUCUCAAGAUUAUGUCCCUUGGGGCUGAGUUGGGUGCUUGUGGGGAUUUGGCUAUCCUGUAAACCCCGUCGAACUGGAACGUUUUAGAUUGUCUAGUUGGCAGGAGUGUGGCCACAAGGCGUCUGAUGAAAUGUGGCAACUCUUCCAGCGGUAUCGAUUCAGGUACCCCUCGGAUUUUUAUGUUCUUUCGACGCCCCCUAUCAUCUAGGAGAGUAACUUGCCUGGACAUUGUUGCUUGUGCAGCUUGAAGGUGUCGCACCGUCUCUCCCAAUUCCUGGUAGUUCCCUCUUAGUCCCUUUACCUCCUCUUCUACCGCUUGAGUGCGCGUGGACACGGCGUGCACGUCUAGUUUAAGCACUGCCAAGUCCGCUUCCCACAUUUGUCUUAAGUUCUGCUGCAGGCCUGUCAGCAUAGCCUGUAUGUCUUGUUUGGAGGCCGGUGCGCUGGCUUCUGGCAUCCACGCGUGUGUGGGGUGUUGGGGAUUGAGGUGUGGGCUGUCUAGUGAUUCUUCCUCCUCUGAUGGUGCUGGGGAGGUUUCACGGGGGGUCUGUGCCUUUACUGCGCUUGGGGCCUGUAACAUUUGGCCUAUGUCGCGCUGCGGUUUUGGGGCGUUUUGGGGCAGUUUCUGUGUUCUGCGCCCCAUCUCACCUGAGCUGUGUGUGCUGGGGUACCAGUCCUCAAAUUCUGGGACACUCCAGGGCCAGUGUUCUCCCGUGCUGGGUUGAGGUUGCCUCCCUGCCCGGUAGGCCUUGCCGCCUCGGCGUCUAUUUUUCGAGCCGGGCGUCAGGAGAAACGGCAUCGGCGGUUUCAGCGAGGGUCCCUGCGGGCUGUGGCUGAUUAUGUGGCCGGGAUUAGUGCGGGAUGCCCCCGAUGUGGCUGGAUUGCCGUGCGGUAGCUCGGAGCUCCCCCUUCUUUUGUUUUUAAUCUAACUAAUCCUUGUUUUACUUUUCUUUUCUCAUUUAUGUAUCUAAAAAAUGUUUUAUCCCCCUUUUUUACUGACUGUGCUAUUUUCUCUUCUGUGUGUGAUUUGGAAGUAUGUAGUUGUUCUGUAGUUGUUCUGGUGGCUAUAGUGUCCCUUUAAGAUGCUCUGCAAUUGUGUGUUCUGGGAGAUAGAUGCUAUGUAGUACAAAUGUAAUUAAAAAAAAAAAGGACCAUGGAAGACAUCUACCAUUUAGGAUUACGUACUAUUGGCUUUAAAUCAGGAAUGUUGAACUGCACCCCUCUAUUGUUAGUUCAACUACAUGUCCCAUAAUGUUUUGCCACUCGUCAGACAAUAAUAGUUACUGUAUUCCCAAACACACCUCAGAUGCAGGUUUACAUCUCUCCGUUAAGCAUCGUGUUUAGUACUAAUUCUGUUAUUGGAUUGGAAAGUCAAUCAGUUAAUUGGCCUCUUGUCUCUGUUAAUAGUUUGUAUGUCAGCUACGGAUUGUCAGUUAUCCCCUUUCUAUAAUAUAAUAAUAAUUGAAAAUAUCUAGGCACGUGAUGGAAAAGCAAGGAGAGAUAAUGCCCCAGCGUGGGUACUGUGAACACCCUGUGAUUUGAUCAUUUCUCUUUUCAUUACAGACUCGGAGACGGAUAGGAACAGCCCACCAAUCCGUUUUAGCAGGACGUGCCUGAAGAAUGUUUUCUCUGUGCUGUUAAUUUUCGUCUAUUUGAUGUUAAUGGGAGUGGCUGUAUUCAUCGUCUACCAAACCAUUACUGACUUCAGGGAGAAACUGAAACAUCCCGUUAUGUCCGUGUCCUACAAGGAGGUCGAUGUGUACGAUGCGCCAGGUGACGAUGUGUUUUCAAACACCUUUACACGUCAUAGGGGAAUGUCACUUCUCAACAUUGUUGAAUCAAACUUUGAAAAUCACCUAUAACUUGUGUUCACCAUUUUCAUGAAUUGCUCUGUUUUUUUUUUAAUUACAGAUUUAACAAAUUACAUCAGACGAGGCAAAGUCAAGGCACAAAUUGCAAAUGAAGAGGAUAAAUAGAAACAUUGUUUAAUUUAAUUUCUUCAUUCUAUGCUCUCUGUAUUCUGACAGCCAGAUGCAAAGAGCAGAGUUUAUAAUAUUGAUGAUUAAUAAUGAUUAACAGGGAGCUAAGAUUGAGGCGCACAGUUGCAUGAUUAAAAUGCUAUUGGUUUGUACAUUUAAAUGGACACUAUAGCCAUGAUCUGAGUCACGGAGGCAGAGGCAGGGGCAGGGCCACAUUGAGACCGGCGCAGCAUGGGAGAAAAGAUGAGUGAAUCAUCUUUUCACUGCUCUGACAAAGGGGGCCUGGUACCUAAACAGCCGCACAGGCACUAUAGUGUCAGGAAUACAUGUUUGUAUUCCUGACACUAAAGUGUUCCUUUAAGUUUAUGUCAAUGUCCUUUGCACUUUUAUCCAAAAUGGAAAGAGCCACCAAAAAAGUGCAAUGGUAAUAUACAUUUACGGUACACAAAUUCCAGCAUUAUGGUCUGUAUUGAGCGUCUCAUGGUGUUAUUCUAUUUCCAAACGAGGACCUUUAAAGGCUUAUUUACUAAAGUGAGAAUUCAAUGUGAAUUAUACAUUCAAGGUCAAAAUAGUCCAACUGGAAACAUGUUUUAAGUCAUGUUGAGCUGUGCGUUCAGUUCAGCUACUCCGAACUUAAAUUCGAAAUUCACUUUGAAUUCUCACUUUUGCAAAUAACCCCAUCAGUUUUGAUUUGAAUAAAUGAAAUAAGCUCAAUAAAUCUGUGGUUUCUGUUCCUUAUUUUAGAUGUUGUGGUAAAAAAAUCAUACAAACCUCAUUUUCUUAUCCAACAUAUACAGUAUGCGCUUUAUUUUGCCAUGCAGAAUGGCUCUUAUAAUUUUUACUUCACCUUUCACCAGCAGCCGUAAGUGUAUUUUCACGCUGAGCUAAGUAGGUAAACCUGAUCGGGAAGUGACACUUUAUCUGUCCAUUGCCUCCCGCUGUCACAUUAUGUAAAUGAAACUUAUUUGGCAUAGGAACUGCUCUGAAUUAUUUAUAUGUUUUUUUUUUUCCUUCUUUCUUUCUUUUUGUAAUUGGUAAAUUCUAUUUAUUGAGAUUUUGUGCAAAGAUACAAAUUCGCUAAAUAACUAUUAACUUACAAUUUAAAAGUCACAUGAUAAUUACCUUAAAGAAGAGCUAGAUGAAAAAGAGGGUGAGAGGAAUAAAAGACGGAGACGGGUUUAUGUCGUAGGAGGUGAAGACUAGCUCUGCUGAGCCACCAAGAGACCUCAAAUAAUAAAAGUAAAUUUACACCUCUCAACAAUCUAAACAAAAAUAUGUUUCAGAAAUAUGAUGAAAACAGUGGAUAAAGAAGUAUAUGGAAGAAUAAAUAAAUAUCUUGUACAGGGUGCAAAGUAUAAUGAAUGAGCAGAGCUCAGAGGAAAAAGAUUGAGCUGGUAGUAAUUUUUUGAGGAGAGAACAUUGAAUGAGAGGUCCAUCACAGAGCAGAGAGAGACCACACAGGUGUUGCAUUCAGGUCGUGUGAAUUAUGAAUGAUAAAACUGAACGCUGUACUCCACAGGCAGAUGACAGAUGGACCACUUUGUAGAACAUACAUUAAAUGUAUGUUAUCAUUAUCAUCCGACAUCUGGCAUCACACAGGUCACAGUUCACCAACAAAUGUAGUAACUCACAUUAUUACAACCCCACAUAAGGUAACAUAUGUUAUAUUAAAAAGCAGGUAAAAGCCAGCAAUAAUAAAAAUAACGAUACAAAACCGAGGAGAGCAUAGCCACUGUAGUUCCCUAAGCAUUUCUCAAUGGUCCUAGCUCGAGAUCAAGCUCAAGUUCCAGUACAAGUUUCUGUUAAGUUGAGUUCACUCCCUACCCUGAGUUCCCCCAUACUCCACACACGUUGACCAAUGUGGUCCAAGCAAUAAACAUGUUAAGAGUCAAACAUAUGUAGGCACCAGAACAUAGUUACUAUAUGGCAAUAACCCUAGGAGGCGACCCUGCACAUACAAUGUAAUGUAUACGAUGUAAUGUAUAUUGUAUAACAGUACUAUCUGUAGACAUGCACUGAUAUGCACAACCGAAUAAGAAAUGUAGGCGUCAAACAGGACUGUAACGCAUACUGCCCCGAGAGAAAGCUGUGAUUACGCAAUCUAUCAUGCAAUGUGUAUGAUUAAUGUAUAACCAAUGUAUGUAUAUUUUAUUGUGGAACCCCUAUCCCUUCUCCCUUUUCCUUCUGUUCCCCUGUUUCUCGUGACAAAAACAAUAAACACAAAUAUGAUUAAAAAAAAAAGCAGGUAAAAGCAACCUGAUGCGCCUAAUGUCUAGUGGAAAAUUCUGAUGGUUUUGCUUCUUGCGGUGCAUGGAUGUUUCGAAAGUUACAUGUGGAGAGACAGAUAGGAUAGAACCAAUGCUGCAGUAUAUUUAAAGUAUUAGGAGGAUGCACAACUAAAAUGUGUGAAUUUUCCAUCACAUGCUAUGGAGCUUAUAACCAGCUCCGGAUUUAAUAGCUCACAUUUGAAUGACAUAUCCAUAAGUGGGGAUUGUACCACAGCACGCUAUUUUAGCCGGCGCUGGCUAUAAACUCCAUUACAUGUGUAGGAAAAUUCACACAUUUUUGUUGUGGGUCCUCCCAAUACUUUAAAUAUACUGCAGCAUGGGUUCUUUUCUAUCAGUCUUCACAUUUACCAACGAAAAAUCCACGUACCACAAGCAGCAAAACCAUUGGGCUUUUUUUUCAUAAUUUCCCACUCUAACGCUAGACAUUAGGUGCACCUUGUGUCUUUUACUUGCUUUUUUGUUGUUUAUCUGAAGGGUAACUUAGAGCGUUCCCUUCCUCAGUGAUUGCUUCUGUAGGUAAUCUAUCGUUUUAUUAACUAGCGCUUAUCAUCCCUAGAUUUGCCUAUUUCCUACAUAUGUUAUAUCGGUGGAUGUUGGGUCUAAUGUGCUUUGUUUAUUCCUGUUUUAGGUAUUGCCCUCUAUCCAGGAAAUGCCCAACUUCUGAGCUGCAAGCACCAUCUCUAUGACCACAUCCCGCCUCUGGAAAAUCCAGGCCUUCCCGGAGAGAAUAAAUGUGUUACUCAGAAAAUUAACUACAUAGACCCUUUCACCAACCAAACCAUGGUUAGAAAGACUCUCACAUGCACUAACACUUACGUUACUGGUCAGGAGAGCUAAGUAUAUCAUCAGCAACCUGCUGAACUCCCAGUUAGGCUCUAGCGGCAGUCAGUCAGGGGGCUCAAAUAAGUGGGAGGCCCUUUUGUCACUCAUUGUCCCUGCAAGGGAGGCCGAGGGUUUUCCUUCGAAUACUAUGCUUAUGGGCAGUAUUGCAGUUCUGUGUGGCCAAACGUGGCAGCCAAGACACCCCGAAAUAGCAUACAGUGUUAAAACGACAGACUGGACAGAGGUAAGUGGAGUUUUGGUGGAUGUUGUGAUGUCAAUUCAGCGCCUCACAAUAUGACGUCUGGCUUGGUGUGUAGUCAGGCCCUGCUCCCCAUUUACUGUAUUUUAUUAGUCAUUUUCACAUAUUUAUGUAUAUAUCCAGCAGGUGGCAGUGUACUAACACUGUGACUAAAACACAGUUAUCAGGUCUCCCCAGUGCCUGAUAAUUAACUCAAGGAUUCGUUCCUGAAAUGAUUGGUGUGGGGGGGAUGUAAUGAUCGCGGGUUGACAACUUGGGACUAGACAUUCUAAUAGGAGGUUUAAUAGGCAUGCAGACAUUCUAGUAGAAAGUUCAGUAAGCAUGCAGAUAUUAUAGCAGGAGGUAUGAUAUCUAUGCAGACAUUAUAAGAAGGGGUAUGAUAUGUUAGGUACAAUAUGUUAGAUAUGUCAGGCCCUGUAAGCUUUACAAUAGGAGCAAUGAUACAGAAAUAAUAAUAUUGGUAAUAUGGAAGUUGUAAGAGGAGCUGCAGUAAGAAUGCAGGGAAUAUUAUUAGAGAUAUAGAGAAACAUUAGAGUUUACAAUUGAAGUAUUUCAUUUAGUUUGUAUGUAUCAUUUUUAUUAAGUUUAAGAAAUACAAAGUGUUACCAUAGAGUAUGAACAUUUUAAUAUAAUGAUAUAUUUUGUCUAUUGUUUUGCUCUGGCCUCUCUACAGGCCCGCCUCUUGUUUCUGUUAAUACUCUUAUUAUAUAUAUAUAUAUUUUUUAUUUUCAUGCAGUUAUAUAUCCCCAAUGUAAAAUUGUGAAGUUCUAUGUAAUAUUAUGGUGCUGUGAAUAUUCUAAUAUUGAUAAUAAUUCAGGAUUAUCCUCAAUCACUAAUACAGCCUCACUAAUAUUGCUCCUGCUUUGGUUCCGGCGUAAUGAUCUGUGUUUUUCUGCAUGAAAACAAUAAAAUGAUGGAAUGGGGAGCGUCCGAGUCUGUUUAGCAUUUAUUGUUUGUGUCGCCUAGAAAAACGCCUUAAUUGUACAAGGUCCUCGUGAUGUGAGGAAGAGGGAGUUGGUUUUCCUCCAGUUUCACUUAAAUGAAACCAAGCAAGACUUCAGCGCCAUUGAUUACCUGCUGUUUUCCUCUUACCAGAACUUCUUGAAAAGGUGAGUACUUCUUAAGACUCUUCUAACCGGGUAAAUCUGAUGCAUAAUAUGAAGUUCACAGAAUAUAGCUUCUCCUACAUCUGUAUGCCCAGAUCUAGACCAUAAAUAAUACUAGUUGUCUGGCAACCACAGUAUUUAUAGAUAACACAAGCAUUGGAUUCUUACAUAUCAUAUCAUGUCUGUUUCCCUUUAAACUUUAGCAGGGGGUGCAGAGUCUUUCUUGUCUUCUUAUCUCCGGUCAAACAGUGAUCCAGAAUGUGGAUGGUCACGUAGACCCUUACCUGAUGCUGUACUUGUUAUCUGCUUUCAGUACAUUGCAUGGGGAGCUGAGAAAUUGGAGAUAACUACCAAGCACAGAAACUGAAAUAUCCUAGCUUUAAAUCAAUACUUUUACUAAGCGACAUGAAUCACAACUACAUGUUACAGUGAGGUAGCAAAGGUGUCUCUGUUGUGUUAAUUGAUUAGUAGAAUGUAAAUGGAUCAGUUACUGACGGUGUAAAUGUAUCUGUAUUGAUCAAGAGGGAGCCAUACUGUUCUUUUAAUUAUACGCUGUAUUUAAUAAUCAAUUAGGCAGUGCUACAAAGACUUGCCACGUCUCAGGUUUCUGUGUCAGAUACGCGCAAAACAGAACUUGAAUAAAGUGUUCACAACCGGAUUUUCAGUGUUUAGCAAUAUAUUUAGUAUUUUCAGGUUUAAAGAGGAACUGUCAUUUUGGGUACAAUGGUAUAAUAGCCAAUGUCUGUAUCAGUUAGUUGUAUUUUAUUUUAUCACGGGAUAAAACAUGUCAAAGUGAUGUCUGAUGGGCACAGAUGCUCUCAUCAUGGGAGUAUGUAGUGCAGUAGAGUGGUAUUUCAUCCUAAAAUUUGUUGCACAGCUCACCUCGUGAACACUUCAGUAGCAUUUACUGCAGUGUGUGGAAUAAGGAACAAAUUCUAAAUAAUCAGUUUCUUUAUAUAUCAGACAGGACAUUAAUUAUCAUUUGUAAGAUUGAUUUGUGAUGAAAGUACUCCACUAGGACUAAGAAACAAAAGUCAUGUUAACAUUGUGAUUGUAAAAAUUUUUUUUAAAAAAUAGACACACCAUUUAUGUAUGUAUCUGAUAUCUUAUUUUUAAAACGGAAGCUUACAAUCAAUCUGAAAAAUGGCAGAAGAUUAGAUCAAAUAUUAGAUUUACUUGAGAUUUUUUCUCUGCCCUUAGCAUUGUGGUGAGUGCUCCCACAAUGCACCAGGAUGAAUCUAGAAUGAGUAAAACACAGCUGUAUGCUACGCUUCAUUAGAUACAGCAUUGAGCAAUUGUAGGAACACCAUUUUCAAUCUUAUGCUGCAUUGCCUUUAAAUGAUACUUGUAAAAUGUAUUUCUUUUGUAAGUGUAAAGCCAGCUUUUUUUUUCUUCACGCAGCCCAAAUAAGACAAAGUUCAUGCAGGACUGUGAGAGCUCGUUCUCCAGUUGGAAAUUCUCAGGAGGCUUUCGGACCUGGGUGAAAAUGUCUCUGGUUAAAACAACAGAGGAGGAUGGAAGUGAAUCUGUGGAAUUCCGUCAAGAAGUAAGAAUUGUGUUACCAUGACGAUCUCCCUUCUGUCUUUAUUCUCAUAUGAACUUUAUUAGGGGAACGGAAACCUGGCUGUCCAGAUGGUGUUGGACUACACUCCCAGCAAAUCAUUGGGCGAUAUAUACCAGCAGCUUCUGGAAAGUCACGGUUGAACACCCCUAAAUUUACAAUCUGAUUAGCAGCCCGUCUCAUAAUUAGGUAAUAUAAAUUAAUACGGCCAAGGUGCCAAAAACCCACGUUGAUCGUUACUGGUGAGUUUCUUACACCUUUUUACCUAUAUAGUGAUGGUUUAUUGCAUUACACUGUGAUCUUGAAAAAGGCCUUUAGGGGUCGAAACGUCGGUUGGUUUACAGAUGUAAUUGUUUAUUUUUUGAGAAAAAAAAUCACCAUUGAAAUUUGCAAGUCCUGUGAGUGCCCCCGUUAUAACAUUUGGAUAUAUGAGAAACGUGGGUAGCACCAAGGCGAUAUCUACUUAACGAGUGGUUGCCAGGAGAGUGCCAAGCGGACUUUGUUUAUAUAUAUAUAUAUAUAUAUAUAUAUAUUUAUUUGUAUUCAUAGUUAAAGUUACGUAGCUGAAAAGAGACUUGCGUCCAUCAAGUUCAGCCUUCCUCAAAUAUGUUUUUGCUGUUGAUCCAAAAGAAGGCAAAAAACCCAGUCUGAAGCGCUUCCAAUUUUGCCACAAACUAGGAAAAAAUUCCUUCUUGACCCCAAAAUAGCAGUCAGAUGUCUCCUUGGAUCAAGCAGCUAUUACGUCACUAAUUAGAAAUUAUUAUAUCUCUGUAUGUUAUGUUUUUGCAAGUAUUUAUCCAAUUGCAAUUUAAACAUCUGUAAUGACUCUGACAAAACCACCUCUCCAGGCAGAGAAUUAUAUAUCCUUAUUGCUAUUACUGUAAAAAAAAAACUUUUCUUUGCCUUAGAUGAAAUCUCCUUUCUUCCAGCCUAAAUGUGUGACCUCGUGUCCGAUGUAUAGCCCUGUUUAUGAAUAGAUUUCCAGAUAAUGGUUUGUACUGGCCCCGAAUAUAUUUGUAUAAUGUUAUCAUAUCCCCUCUCAGGCACCAUUUUUCCAAACUAAACAGAUUUAAUUUUUUUAACCUUUCUUCAUAACUAAAAUGCUCCAUUCCUUUUAUCAAUUUUGUAGCUUGUCUCUGGACUUUUUCUAGUGCCAUGAUAUCUUUCUUUAGAACAGGCGCCCAAAAUUGCACAGCAUAUUCAAGGUGUGGUCUGACCUGCGAUUUAUAAAGAAGCAAAAUUAUAUUUUCAUCCCGAGUAUUUAUGCCCCUAUUUAUACAUGACAAAACCUUACUGGCCUUAGCAACUGCAGAUUGACAUUGCAUACUGCUGCCUAAUUUGUUGUCUAUAACAAUUCCCAAAUCCUUCUUGUGUGUGGUUAUCCCUAGUUCACUACCAUUUAGGGUGUAAAUUGCUUGUGUAUUCUUAACCCCGAAGUGCAUAACGUUGCAUUUCUCUACGUUAAAUUUCAUCUGCCAUUUUAGUGCCCAGUCCCCCAAUCUAUCCAAAUCCCUCUGCAGCAAAGCAAUAUCCUGCUCACAUGUUACUACUUUACAAAGUUUUGUGUCAUCUGCAAACACUGAUACAUGGCUUUCAAUGUCUAUUUCAAGAUCAUUUAUAAAUAUGUUAAAUAGAAGUGGUCCCAAAACAGAACCCUGAGGGACAUCACUUACCACUUUUGUCCAGCCUGAAAAUGUACCAUUAAUGACAACUCAUUGUACUCUAUCCUUAAGCCAAUGUUCUACCCAAGAACAAGAAUAUUCAUCUAGACUAAUUUCUUUUAGUUUGAAGACUAACCUAUUGUGAGGAACCGUAUCAAAUGCCUUGGCAAACUCUAAGUAGAUCACAUCCACUGCAACACCCUGAUCUAUACUUCUACUUACUUCUUCGUAGAAUGCAAUUACGUUAGUUUGACAUGACCUAUGUUUCAUAAAACCAUGCUGAUUAUUGCUAAUAACAAAGUUCAUUCCAAUGAAUUCCUGAAUAUUAUCCCUUAAUAGCCCUUCAAAUAUUUUCCCAGUUACAGAAGUUAAGCUCACAGGUCUAUAAUUUCCAGGGAAGGAUUUUGAACCCUUUUUAAAUAUAGGAACAACAUCUGCCUUCCUCCAAUCCUCCGGUACAAUACCUGAAACAAUAGAAUCUUGAAAAAUUAAAUACUGAGGUUCACUUAUUUCCCCACUUAGCUCCUUAAGUACUCGUGGGUGAAUACCGUCAGGCCCCGGAGCUUUAUUUACAUUAAUUUUCUUUAAUAGCUGUAGCACCUUGUCUCGAGUUAUCCAAUCACAAGUUAUUUGCAAGUUUUUUGCAGCAAUCAUUUGCAUAUCUCUUGCCAUAGGACCCACAUUAAUAUAUACUGAAGAAAAAUAGUUAUUUAAAAUGUCUGCUUUUUCCUGGUCUUCAUUAGCUAAUAAAUCCAACUCUGUUUCCAGUGUACCUACACUUUCAUUUUUUGUUUUUUUAGAAUUGAUGUACUUGAAAAAAAAAUGUGGUUGAUUUUGCAUUCUUUGGCUAUUUCUCAUUUUCUAGUUUAGCCACUUUAAUUGCCUUUUUGCAAGCGUUAUUGGCUUCCUUAUAUGUUAAAUAGGAUGCCUCUGAUUUGUCUGAUUUAAAUGCCCUUUUCCUAUUUUUAAUCUCUUGUUUUACUUCUCUACUAAGCCACAUUGGUUUUAAUUUGUUUCUUUUAUAUUUAUUACCCAAUGGUACAUACUGAGAAAUGUACCUUUCUAAUAUUUGUUUGAAUAGCUUCCAUUUAUCCUCAGUGUUUUUAUCACUAAGGAGUUUAUGCCAGUUGAUAUGUUGUAGAGCUGCCCUAAUCUUAUUGAAAUUGGCUUUUUAAAAAUUAUAUGUUUUAGUAUACCCCACUUGCUUUUGCUUUUUUGAGUUUAUUUCAAAAGUUACCAUAUUGUGAUCACUAUUUCCCAAAUGCCCCCCUUCUUGAAUGUUGGUUAAAAGAUCAACAUUGUUUGUUAUAACGAGAUCCAGACAAGCAUCCUUUCUAGUUGGUGCUUGUACCAGUUGUGACAUAAAGGUGUCAUUUAACACAUUCAAAAACCUGAUUCCCCUUGCUGAAGUACUAGUCCCUCUAUUCCAAUUUAUGUCCGGUUAAUUAAAAUCUACAAUAAUUAACGUGUUACCUCGAUUUGCAGCUUCCUCAAUAAUAUUUACAUUUGGUGGUUUAUAACAAAUCCCAACCAAUAAUUGAUUUCCAUUUGCUUGCCCCAAGCAGAUAUCUACCCGUAAAGCCUCCACAUUUUCCUCGUCACACUCCACAUGCUUAAGAUUUGACUUUAACUCAUGGUUGACAUAUAAACAUACCCCACCACCCUUCUUGUUUCUCCUAUCCUUCCUAAAUAACGUGUACCCAUUUCAAUUAACUGCCCAGUCAUGUGUCUCAUCCCACCAUGUUUCUGUUAUGCCUAUUAUAUCAUAUUGUUUAGUGUAUGCUAUUGCCUCUAGUUCCCCCAUUUUGUUAUGUAGGCUCUUUGCAUUAAUAAGCAUACAUUUAAUAUUAUCAUGAGUCUUUUGUACUUUUUGUGAAUUAUCAAUAUUACAUAUCUCCUCCCCCCAUCUCGACCCCCUUUGUUCUGAGCUAAAGCCCAUGGACAAAAAAAAAACAUUUACAGUAUAUUUAUAUUAUCUCCCACCACUGGUUCUUGUGAGGGGAUUCAGGUUGCAAUAUAGGGGGUUACCUGGGGCAGAUAUAAAUGUGAGAAGUGGAUAUAUAGCGAUGCUAUUAUUUGUCUGUGAGAUUGUGACAUUUGGAAGUGUAUCGUAGAGAAUAAAAUAUGACCGACGCAGAAAGAGGAAUGCAAAUAUCUUGAAUUAGUGAUAUUUCAUCCGCAGUGUGUGGGCCUCCUAAUAAAGAGUAGUGUCAAGAUAUCUCCAUCUACGGCUUUUCUUCAGGAUUUACGUGCAGUAACACUUGCCUUCGCUAGAAAAGACACAGAAAAUAUAGAGACCAUCAAACUGCAAGGUUAUGUUGAACUGUUAUUUUUAAAAUAAAGUUAUAUGAAAUAAACUUAACAAAUGCCACUAACGUGUCAUGAGGCAGCUGGAAUGAUAAGAGUCAUAGUCCAAAGUAUCACACAAUAUCCACCCUGCAGUACAGUGAUGCAUUAUGUCUAAAACAUGUCUGUAAGUGUACCUUCCUUUUAAAAGACUGCAUUUCAUGUAAUAUUCUUUCAGACUAGUGUUGUAAAUUACAUCGAUCGAAGGUCCAGUACAGAAAAGGGGGACCAGUUAUUUUUUGUGGUGUUUGAAUGGAAAGAUCCGUAUAUCCAGGAAAUUCAAGAUGUAAGUAUUUAAAAAUAUUCUAUUACAUUCUACCAAUGUGGCUGUCUCCAUUAGUCCCUGUCAUUUCUGAGUACCCCCCUUGCCCUCCUUAAAAAGUAAGAAAACACCUUAUUUCCAGCACCGUCCAGGACUGCCGGCGCAGGCCCCACCCCCGAUCCGCCAACUUUGCUGACGUCAUAAGAGUUGAUGAUCUCAGCCAAUCCAAUGCUACCAUAGGAAAAGCAUUGGAUUGCCUGAGAUCAUCAAGGAGGUGGGGCCAGGCCAAAAGACCGGCCUGGCAAAUCAGCAUCUACUCAUAGAGAUGCAUUGAAACACGGCAUCUCUAUGGGGAAAGUUCAGCGCCCCCAUGCAGAGCGUGGAGACGCUGAACGUCAGUACUGCACACUGUGCAGCACUGCCCCAAGAAGCACCCGUUGCCACUAAGAGGUGUUCCUAGGUACAAAUGUAAGCACUGCAUUUUCUCUGAAAAAAUUUGCUGAUAUGGAAGAAAAAAAGAAAUCCAACAUCUUUUAUACCAAGUCAGCUUUUUUGACCUAAAUUAUGCAAGUCCACGAUUAUUGUACUAGUAAAUUAACUUGCAAUCCUAAUUGGAGAUAUAAAGGAGAUUUGUAUUUGUAAAGAGGGACUGUCCUAAAUAGCGACACUUGGGAAGUAUGGAAAUAUCGCUAAAUAUCGUUAAAACGAAAUAAUUGUUGCAUUCUAAAACUAGUGAUAAAUAUACCUAAUAGUGCUGUAAAGCUGCAGCGGACAGAGCUACUUUUACACUUUCAGGACCAGGAUUAGACAGAUAUUGUUAAUGGCCUGACAGUUAUAUGUCCUGAAGGGGUUAAACUUAAAAUGGAAACAUCUGCUUCCUGUAGACUAAUUGGCUCAACUUUUUUUCUAUUAUUUUAUUUUGGUCUUCAGAUAAUCACUGCCAACCCCUGGAGCAUGAUAGCCUUGCUAUGUGGGGUGUUCCUGGUCCUUUUUAAAGCAGCUGACUUUGCCAAACUCAGUGUUAAGUGGAUGAUUAAAAUCCGAAAAAGGCAUCUGAAGAAGAGAGCUCGGGAAUUGAACCACAUGAGCUGAAGAGGUGGAUAUCUGCCUUUCUUGCUCGAGCGCUGGAUGAAAAAAAGCAGAGACACUUAAAUUUCACGAAGUGGUUUCGAUUUAACCUUUUGACUGCAAAAGUGCCUGCAACGUAGGAGGUUAAAAACGUUGGCGGACAGAUACUUGAAUAUAGUCGAUAAAAAAAGAAAUUAUUAGUUCAGUUUAGUGCACAUAGAGUUACAGUUCAGUGUUCUCUUUUACAGAUAAUUAAUUUGUAAAGAAAAAUGUGUUAAAUAUAACUUAGUGAUCAUCUGGACAAUUCGGAGGAGGAUAAGAGCCAUAUGAAGAGCUGCAAAUGCCCUAAUUUGGUACUUUUUAUCCUGAACUCAUCCUUCUAGGUGAUAGCUAGAAUCUAGAAUGUGAUUGGAGAGCAAAACAAUGUGAAAAUUUCCUGGGGAAAAAAAAAACUGGAUUGUUUUUGACCUCAGCAGUUUUUUUUUAUUUUUGUUAACCUUUUUAUGUAUUAACUUUUUUGUAGAGGACUGAUAUAACAAUCACCUUUCUUACAUCAUUCUAGACAUAGGUCAGUAGGUUAGGCAGGUAGGUACCAGCUCAGUCUGGACAUGGAGUGUGUCUUGAAUCUCACUAGACUGUGAGGGAAACUGCAACAUGUAAUAGCAGGAUCGCACCUGUUGAAUGUCAGGUGGACUUACGAUCCCAUGAAUUAGUGAAACAAUAUAUAAUAAUAGAGACGCAGUGCCUUUGAUUAAUGGACUCAUCUCCAACUCUCGCUCAGGAAGUCGGUCAAUGUGAUAGACCAUCUUUUCACUGUAGCUAUUUACUGAACCUUGAGUUUCUGCCAUAUGAAUGGAUGCUCUAGAACCUCUGUUUCCAAUAGUUUUGGGAUCAAGGCACACAUAAAUAAGAGAAAAAUGUCCAAGGCAUGCAAUACUAUUUUUUAACAUUCCUCAGCGGCUUGUAAAAAGUACUUUUUAAAAAAAUUUUUUAUGGUUUAGACAAGUUAACAAACUGAAAAUUGUAGGUAGGAAUGUAAUUUAAAAUGUGGAUUUAAUGUUGAC